AUGGCUGAAUUAGCAGCCGGCGCCGGCAUCGCCCUCGCGGCGGAAGAGGUCCUCUCGACGUCUUUCCAAGCUGGAGUAGCGACUUAUUUUCUGGUCAAACCAACCCAGCCUCUCAAUGCUACCUUCACGCGCAUUGCCGUAGUCCACGACGAUGAAAUGCACAAGCGGUCGCUGACGCGCUCCAACCACACCCUCACCAUCGUAGACUCGAAGGCAUAUAUCUAUGGCGGUGAGACUGCCGAUGCCACGGUAGCCACCAACGACAUGCACGUUGUGAAUCUCGAACCAGGGGCAAACCACGAGCCGGACUACCAGCUCAUCCCCGCCAUUCCUCAAGAAGAAGACGGAAGAAUCCCCCGUGGAAGAACCAAUCACGCAGCAUGUGCUUUUCAGGAGGGCGUAGUCGUCUAUGGGGGGACCUCCUCGACCGGCCAGCCCGCCGAUGACGGCGACGUCUGGCUCUUCACCCCAUCCUCAAAGACCUGGUCAAUCCUGCACUCCUUCGCGACCGACGGCCCCGUCCUUCACCCCUCCACCGAAACCCGCAUCUUCCCUCUCAACAACACCUCCCUGCUCCUCUUGAUCGGCGACUCCACCGAUGGGAUCACCACCAUAGCCAGGCUCACGCCUUCCCUCUCCGCAGAUGCGGACCCAGCCUCAGCACCAAGCCCAUACGAGACUCUCGUGCCCCCGCCCUCUCCUACAUCCCCGUCCAACGCUACCGUCCACAACAACACGCUCUACCUCAUCUCCUCCACCAACCCGGUGUCCUCGCAACUCCACGUCCUACCCCUCGACACCAAAGACGCCAAAUGGACAACGCUAACCUUCCCCACUAACCCGCUCGUCCCCGGCCCCCGCGCCCGCUACGCGGGCGCCCUCCUCCCCCUCACCACAGGCUACGGGAGGAACUACCUCGUCUAUCUGCUGGGCGCGCGGUCUGAACCCUCUCCGAGAACGUCCAAACCAACGGACGAGAAGGAACCCGUGCCAGAGCCAACCCAAUGGUCAGACACAUGGACGUUGCAGCUCCCUUCCAGCAACCUCGCGCCUCAAGCGACCCUCAGUAUGAAAGACGCCAUCAAGCCGGCCAAGCUCAAGGACGCGAUACGCACCGGUGUGGGUGCCGAGAGUGGGAAGUGGACGUGGUGCGAUGUCGACGUUCGCGUGCCGGAUGACUUGGGCGACGCCGGGGCCGGGAAGCUGCAUCCGGGACCGCGGGCGUUUUUCGGCGCGGAUGUGAUGAAGGAUGGGAGGAGCGUGUUGUUUUGGGGCGGUGAAAUUGCCGAGGGCGAGAAGGUCGGGGAUGGGUGGGUUGUGCGGCUGGAGUAG